GGAAAUCUAUUCUCUAUUCUCUUCCGCUCGCCCUAUGUCAUUCGAGCUUUUGAAUUCGCCCUGGCAGAUGGCGCCGUUAGUUGCAAAUAUUCCCAUGAUCCACACAGUAGCUUUGCAGACCGCCUUUGGGCAACGGAGCAGGCCAGUCGUCUAUCUGAAACUGCAGACGAACUGUUGCUCUUCGACAUGAAAGCCAGCUUCAACUCUUUGCACCACUACGUGUCUUCACUAUUCCAGAGGCGACGGUCUGCAUUCUACGUUUGUGUCAGUAGCGCAGAUCCCAACUUCGUCGAACUCAUCCCGAACUACCAUCAAACCGUCGAUUUCGAGUCUGAUCCCGGAGUCAUGGGUGGAGAUGAGAACCGGAAGGUCUCUGUCAAUAAUGGCCGAGCUCCUAGGCUUCCGCUUCGAACAUAUCGUCUUGAUCCGACCAACGCGCCAUAUCGCAUGCCUAUCUCUCUUCUGCCACAAGCUAUUGAGCGUGUA